AUGAGGAGGGAUCAACAUCCGCUCUUGCUGCCGAAGUGGAGGAAGACCCAACGGCACGCGGAGGUGCAUUGCCUUUUGCAGCUGCCAUCUUUAGCAGAAGCCAUGCACAAGCAGAUGCUCAUCGUCGAGAUCGCAGACAUAGGACCAUCUUUGGGAUGGGCGGAGCCCUGUUCCCGCGGAUGCCUUCACUUGUUAAAGAAGUACGGAGUCUCCAAAGUCUUCUUCACCGAUGGCCUGGGAUCCUUGGUGCAGCGAGACCUUCCACAUUGCCCUGAGCUGGAUUUUCCGUGCGCCCACCAUGAACCAGAAACGGGGAAAGUGACUCUCGAACAUCCAGCGACAUUCUAA